CCAUAAUGACGAAACGGAAUGGGAAAAAAAUCUAAUCAAAUGACGAUUUACACGACAGUAUACUUUAAAAACUAUAAAUUCUCGAGUUGUAUACGCAUCAACAAUAAAUUAUUAUAACAGUCUGAACGAGCCAAGAGAAUCGCAGUAUAAUUUUAGUGACUAUAUAUUAAAUUAUAAUAUUAUACUUGAUCUGCAUGUCAUCGUCAAGGGACACGUCACAAUGCAAAAAUUCUUCGUCAAACUUGCUUAAGUUAUUCAACGGUGGGCGUCAUGAUCAUCGUGUGGUCACCAGACAAGACCUGAUCACGGAUUACUCAAGUAAUGACGACGAUAAUAAUAACAGUCCGCGGUCUUCAACCUCUGACAAUGCCGUCGCCAUCAAUAAUUAUUACACGUGGAACUCGUCCAGAACAAACUCUCCUAUACACAAGGAGAGAGCGCAAAUCAUAUCGGCACUACAUUCGGUAAAGUCGACAUCGGAGUUGUGUCGUGGACUGACAAAUUGCGACGGUUACAAUAGAGCACAUAGAAUAAAGGAAAUCAUGUCCAUGUGCGCGGAUCGCCGAGGUGAUUUUUCAGCGGACGAGUACCAUCACCACGACCACCCUCAUCACGACCACGGUAACGAACAGGACCCCACCGUAACAGAGUCGGAUGCUGUGACAACGGCCUUGUUAACCGACGAGGAGACGUCGAACCGACGUAGUAGUUGGACGUCGUCAUAUCUCGGGGGCGCGUCGCUUUGCUGGUUGUCUACGGCCACCGACCGGGAAACGGAGGACGAUUACAACGACAAUGGCAACGAAAACAACGUAAACGCGGAAGAGGAACACUGCCGCCGAACGUCCAAGAGGCAAUUGUCGUGGUUUCGGAAGUUGAACCGGAAGUUCAGAAAUAGUCGCGACAGCCGAUAAAAUAAUAUACAACUUUAUUAUAAUAUAUAUAUUAUGUUUUACGUUAUAAUAUAACGUGUGUACCAUGCA